AUGGCUAACGAGCGGCGGUUUCCAGGCAGACGGUUAGAUGGGGCUGUCGGCUCGCUGGAUGUCCUCCCAGAAAUCGUCCAUGCAGUCGGGUCCGACAUGAUCGUUCUCUUCAACUCUGGUAUUCGUCGUACUGGCUCGGACACUGUCAAAGCUCUCGCUCUGGGCGCUCACGCUGUCCUGAGUGGGAAGACCACUCAUGUACGGAUAUGCCAUCAAUGGCAAAUCAGUGAAAGUUGUGUUGCGGUACUGGCGGAUCUCUAUUUGAGCAUGGCCACGGCCGGGAUACCCUCCAUUAGUGCUUGCAGCCGAGAGGUAUUGCGCAAGAUACCAUCGCCGAGAGAUGUGAAGCUAUAG